AUGUUGACCGCAUCUAUUCGCCCUGCUACGAUAUACGGAGCAGGUGACGGUAUGAUGACAAUGUACCUUACCAGCCAAGCCCUCAAUGGUCGCGCAAAGUAUAGACUUGGUACUGGUCCGUAUUUAUACGACAGUACAUAUGUGGAGAACGGUACGCAUGCGCAGAUGCUACUAGCUCGAGCGCUUGUGAAGGCCGCCGCAUCAGCUCCGCUCUCAGCCGAUACCAAAGUGGAAGGCGAGGCGUUCUUCGUUACCAACGAUGAGCAUAUUCCGUUCUGGGACCUGCAUAGGCUUGUUGCCGAAGUAGCAGGACUCCCUAUCAAAGACGAGGAUGUCAGAUGCAUUCCAAUUUGGCUCGUAAUGACCAUCGUGUCAUUCGCCGAAUGGACGUACUGGAUCUUCUCGUUGGGUCGGAAAUAG